AUGGCGAAAGCCGCAAACCGUUCAGGAAAGGGCAAACAGAAAUCCGCAGCAAAACCACCAACUCCAUUUGUCAAGGCGCCUUCUACCUUACAGUCGUUCCUCGAAUCACUGGACCCCAAUGAAGUCUACCUCAUACACAUCGACAAAGAAACCCCCGACUUGAAGAAACAACUAUUCCUUCUCCCGAUUCUUCUCAACACCGCAAUCGCGCUCGGAAUUGCGUACCGCGUGUACCAUGCAUCAUACGUUUACCCAGAAAUCAUAGCAAUAGCGCUAGGCUUGAAAGAACCAGCAGUGCAAUUGACAUCUUUCCCUUUGCCAACGGCCACCAGUAUGGUCCUCCGACGUACGUUGAUGUUCGCCUUUGAUUAUUUUCUGGUGACGUUCUUUGCCGGCUGGCCCAUCCGGUUUAUCUUGGGCCCUAUAUACUGGCGACGAAAAGUCGGGUUUCGCCCGCGAGAGGUGGUCGUACGACAGAGCCGGACUUUCUGGUCAUCGAACCUAGAGCGCAAUCGCUGGAUCUACGAGGAUGAGAAGGUGAUUGGCGAAGUGAUUACUCCUGCCAUAGCCCCCCAGCGGGUGAUGAAAAGCGGAUAUCUUCUGAUCGAUGCGAACUGGGAUUUGGAUUACAAAACUAUGGUCCGGGCUCAUGGGCUGGUUGAUCUGACUAGCAAGGGCCGCGGGGUGCAAUUGGACGAAUUCCGCACAGCUGUUCUCGUGAACACAGACGAGGAUGGGUGGCUCAUUUGGCGUGUCGCGGACGAGGGGACCAAGGAGCGAGGACAACAGAGAGACCAACUGCUUGCAUUUCAGGAGAAGCUUGCGUCGAUGGGGAAGGAAGAUCUCUUCUUCCGCUGGGUGGAAUUGGUCCAGUACGAAAGCACGCAAGCCGGUGGGUUUACGCCGGAGCGCCAGCGUCGCGCCAUGCUACAAGCCAAAGAAAUGUUUGAGGCGGAGGGGGUUAACUUUUCGCAGUUCUGGCAGGCGGUGGGUGGGAUGCAGGGGAACAUAGAUCUCGAUUAA